UUUAGAGAACGGAAAAAAAAUUCUAAGUAGAAUUUUACCACAAAAAACCAGUGGCAUUUUUUUUUUCUUUUCAGUUCAAGUCAAGUGGUCUCAUCUGCCGUAUAUAGGUUGAGUGAUCACAGAUCAGAGUUUAGUUUCAGAGAGACACACUGUUGAUUUCUGGAUGUCCUGGUGUGAUCUCUCAAGGGUAUCUUAACUACUCAAGGAUCACUUCUGAUUGUGUGAGUUGGGGUCUCUCAGUGCAUUUCAAUGCCGCUGAUUGGGGGAUGUCUGAGACCUAGUUAGGCCACUUUCCCGUGUAAUAGAAAUGCGUGAUGCUUUGUAUAUAGACUCAUUUCAGUCACCAUCCAAGUGGUCCAGUCCAAAAGUAUUAAAAAGAAAGUUCAUUUUUUGUCUCUUGCCGAACCAUUUAAAGAGGAUCAAAUCUAUAAUUCCUGGCAAUGCUUCUGUUUUCUGCUUCUUCUUGCAAGCCUCACUUCCUGAAGAAUCUUCAUUGUCCCCCUGCCUUGUUUCUUCCCCUUCCUUCUCGAUCUUCGUUUUAUUAUGUAGAAUGACUGACUCUCUUGUGGUGGAAGCUUCUCUCCCUUCCGGUUAGUCCAGUCAGCGUCACCCAAAGCGGGCUGUCGGCCGAUCGCUUCUCCCGGCGGGGAGGGAAAGUCGGACGGCCUGCUGCUGAGUUCUCCUUGGCGGGCUGGGACCCCUGUGAUGACUCUGAUGUGGGAAGUUUUGUCCCCUCUCAGCUGUAUUUGGGGAAAUGAGAUCUGACUCACAAGAUCAUCCAAGUUGUGAUCAUGGUAGUGUUUUUCUAGGUGCCUCAUUUAUGGCGUUCUCUUCUACGUCUGUUGUUUUUGAGUUGCAAUCCAGUUAUUGACACAUACGGGAGAAAUUUUUUAAAUUCUCUUCUUAGAGAGUCUUAAUUCCUCUUGCUGUAACAAAGCUGAUUUGAAGAUUUACGUGACUCCACCAUUCAGAGGCCGGAUGGCCCAGUGAGAAGGCACACAGCUGCUGGCUUCACACCUUCACCUUGUCCCUGUGUUUGAGUUGUAACUUUAUCACUUGCUUAUUUGAUCUUUCCCUCUCAGUUUUCUCAUCUGCAAAAUAAGAACGAUUAGAGUGACAGCAAUAAAAAUGAUAAUACCCAUUUAUUGGGUACUUACCGUUGUCAGAUGGUGUGCUCAGCGCUCCCCCAUCAUUUCCUUCACCGUCACAACAGCUCUGAGAGGUGGAUGCUGCUCCACUCCUGCCAUUAUGUGGUACCUGCCGUAGGAGCGAGCAUGCAUUGAGCACUCCCAGUAUACCAGGAAAUGACCAAGUUCACGCCUGGACACUAGUCACCAGCCAAGCCUUAGAUACUGCGUGGAAAAUAGCAAAGGGGUCGGUGAUGUUGGCAGUUUCAUUUCUGGUGGCUGCCCUUUGCUACUUCAAAAGGCUGCAUUUAUAUUUAGGGCGCCGGCUGAAAUGGUGGAUUGGAUAUCUGCAGAGAAAAUUCAAAAGGAACCUCAGCGUGGAGGCGGAAGUUGAUUUACUCAGUUAUUGUGCCCGAGAAUGGAAAGGAGAGACACCCCGGGCCAAGCUGAUGAGGAAGGCCUACGAGGAGCUGUUUUGGCGGCGGCAUAUUAAAUGUGUCCGACAAGUCAAGAGAGAUAACUAUGAUGCACUGAGGUCCGUGUUGUUUCAGAUAUUCAGCCAGGGCCUCUCUUUUCCAUCCUGGAUGAAAGAAAAAGACAUCGUUAAGCUUCCUGAAAAACUGCUCUUUUCACAAGGUUGUAAUUGGAUCCAGCAAUACAGUUUUGGUCCUGAGAAGUAUACGGGUUCGAAUGUGUUUGGAAAAUUACGUAAAUGUGUGGAAUUAUUGAAAACGCAGUGGACUGAAUUUAGUGGAAUAAAAGAUUAUCAUAAGAGAGGAAGUAUGUGCAACAUCCUUUUUUCUAAUGCUAUCCUGGAAUAUAAACUCUAUGAAGCUUUAAAGUUCAUCAUGCUGUAUCAGGUCACCGAAGUUUAUGAACAAAUGAAGACAAAAAAGGUCAUUCCCAGUCUUUUUCGACUGCUGUUUUCCCGGGAAACAUCGUCUGACCCUUUGAGCUUCAUGAUGAAUCACCUGAAUUCUGUAGGCGACACAUGUGGCCUAGAGCAGAUUGAUAUGUUUAUACUUGGAUACUCCCUCGAAGUAAAGAUAAAAGUGUUCAGACUGUUCAAGUUUAACUCCAGAGACUUUGAAGUUUGCUACCCGGAGGAGUCGCUCAGAGAGUGGCCGGAGAUCUCCCUGCUGACCGAGAAUGACCGCCACUACCACAUUCCCGUCUUUUAAGUCUGGCGCCGCUCUCCCAGUGACAGUGGUCACGCUUGCAAGUCAUGUUUCUUGCAGACAAGCAAGUGUUGCCACCAUUGAAGGAAUUAGGACCUUCUCCUCCGGAAUGAAGGGCAUGCUGGACAGCUGUGCUCCGACGAUGCACGGAUGGCUUUCCUGUGUUUCCCAGUCGUUUCCUCGGAAGCAGCUGCACUCGUGUGUCUGUGGGUUGGUAGUCUGACCUUUCACGAGGGCUCUGGUCACUUCAUACACGGUGGGCCUUCAAGAGCAUGAAGAAGAUUAAUUUGGACAAGAACAGGAAAAAAAUGAGAAGCAAGCAAGUUGGGAGAAAAGACUACCCUGGAAAGAAAGAA